CGGCUCCGCCGAGGGCGGGUGACGCAGCGCCGUCGCUGCCAUUUUAAGUUGUUUGUUCUGGCUGCUCGUCUCAAACGCGGCUUCCCCGGUUCCCGGAGUCGCCGAGGCCGCAGCCGCUUCCGCAGCCACCGGUGGCGGGGAACCAGGCUGUGCCGCCGCGCACGCUCGCUUCCAGCUCGGCGCUCGCCGUCCGGGCCCCGCUCUCCUGCGAGCCGGAGCCGCCUGGGCAAGGAGGACUCAGAGCAGAUGCUUGGACUGAAAUAACUUUACUUGGGGUCGACUCGCCGACGGACCUUAGCGCAGGGCUUCCUCUCCCCCUCCGCGGGACCGCUCCCUCCUGCUCGCUCCCCUCUUUCUCUCUCUCGCCGCCGUCCCGUCCUCCCUUCGUCCCGGGUGCCGAGCCCGACUAUGGGUCCCAGGCGGGGGCUGCGUGGCGGUAGCAGCGCGGGCGGCCCGGCCCCAAUGCGCGCCGCAGCGGGGAUGGGGGGGCUCCGUUGGCUGCUGGUGUUCUCUUGACAUGGCUUCUGCCCGAGCCGCGAGCAGCGCCCCCGCCGCCGCCACUUCCGCCGCCGCCGCCGCUCCGCCCGCGGGCUGCGGCUAGAGGGCCCCCCGCCUGCCCGCGUCGGUCCGCGACCCCGCCCUGAACCAUCCACUCGGGAAGCAUGGUCUGUUCCACGUGAGAGCGCGCGUCCGGAGUCCGGGAACCUCGUUUCCUUGGGGGGUGGGGUGGGCGUGCGUUAAAAAGUAAUUACUGUUAACAACUACUUCCUUUUUUCACCGAUUCUUCCCCUUUACUCUGCCCCGCCUACUCUACCCGGGCGGGAAUUGUUUCCACGAUGAAAUGAGAGAAAACCCGAGUGACCCAGUGUCUCCCGUGGUGCGAGUGAGUCGCUGCCGCUGAAGGCAAAGGGUGGGGGUGGGCCUGGGGGGCGGAAGGCAGGUGGCCCCCGGGCGCGGCCUGGAUUUGGGAGAAGCACCUGCCCCCUUUGCCUCAGCGGUGCCCGCGGUCUGGUCGGGGCCCGGUCGUAGGGAAGGCUCCCCGGGGUGUGGGGACCAACCCCCUGGUGUGCCAGGGGCGCCGCCUGAGCAGAGCCGCAGGGCCUGUCCCAUCGAGUUCUGAGCCCCUUUGCGUGGCCACCAUGGUGCUCCUGGGCAGCAGCCUUCGCAGCCGCCUGAGGGUGAGGAUGUGGGCGCCGGGGAAGUUGGAAGUGACUCCGCUGUUUUCCCUCCUGGCUCCUUCGGGCAGCAGCUGCCCGCCCCCGGUAUACACUGUAGCUGAUCGCAGGGAAACCCUGACCCUCUCCCCGUCCUUCUCGACCGAGUUUGCACUGUUCUCUUUGCUCACCUCCAAGUGUAAUCAAUAACGGCACUGACAGCACAGCAAUAGCGGGACCGGGAGUGACUGAGGACAAGUAGGCGCCGCAGCCAUGGGCCGGGCUGGGUGAGACCCCAUCAGGCAUUUCCGUUUCAUCCACCUUCCCUGUUCCGGGGUUUCUGGGAGGUUGUGUUGGUGGGUUUUUUCUUUAUUUUUUUUCUUUUCUUUUUCUUUUUUUUUUUUUUUGGUACUUGGAAAGCAAAGAUCACACUUUCCCUCCCUGUUCCUUCUCAUCAUCCCUUUUCUAAAAGGGGGGUGGAGUCCGGAUGGACUGUAAGGGCCGGCCUGGUGUCGGCUGUGUUUUAGCGCACACUUAGGUCCUGGUCUUCGGCUUUGCUCCUCCCAUAAGGCCUUCGUUUGGCAGUGAAGCCAAAUGUAUUUUCAAAAAAAUUAGUUCGAGUGUUUUCUCCGCUUUUGUUUCCUUCCCUUUUCCCCGCCCCACCCCAAACGUUGUCGUCCAAGCAUGACUGGGGAGCGCCUUUCAUUCCGUGGCCCUGUGAUAUGACAGUGUGCUGGUCCUGCCGGCAGGUGCGGUUGGGGUUACGGUCGUGAUUUUAGCCGCUCAGUCACAUUGGCAGGGGAAAAUGACUUGUUUCUGUUGUACUUGAGUCUUAAGAAAAAGUGCCCAUAGUUUAGCGACAAUUUCCAAAGGCUUUAGUACCACCUGCAUUUGAAAAUGGGGGACCCAAACUCCCGGAAGAAACAAGCUCUGAACAGACUCCGUGCUCAGCUUAGGAAGAAGAAAGAGUCUCUAGCUGACCAGUUUGACUUCAAGAUGUAUAUCGCCUUCGUAUUCAAGGAGAAGAAGAAGAAGGCGGCACUGUUUGAGGCGUCCGAGGUGAUCCCGGUCAUGACGAACAACUACGAGGAGAGCAUCCUGAAAGGCGUGCGCGACUCCAGCUACUCCCUGGAGAGCUCCACGGAGCUCCUGCAGCGGGACGUGGUGCAGCUGCACGCCCCGCGCUACCGGUCCAUGCGGAGGGACGUGAUCGGCUGUACUCAGGAGAUGGACUUCAUCCUCUGGCCCCGGAACGACAUUGAGAAGAUUGUCUGUCUCCUGUUCUCCAGGUGGAAGGAGUCGGACGAGCCCUUCAGGCCUGUCCAGGCUAAGUUUGAGUUUCAUCACGGUGACUAUGAGAAACAGUUUCUGCACGUGCUGAGCCGCAAGGACAAGACUGGAAUUGUUGUCAACAACCCGAACCAGUCCGUGUUUCUCUUCAUCGACAGACAGCACUUGCAGACUCCAAAAAACAAAGCUACAAUCUUCAAGUUGUGCAGCAUCUGCCUCUACCUGCCGCAGGAGCAGCUGACCCACUGGGCGGUGGGCUCGGUAGAGGACCACCUCCACCCGUACAUGCCCGAGUAGCGUGCGGACCAGCAGGGGGCGGUGGAGUGCAGCGGCCGCUUUUCCUUGUUUUCUCACCACUUCCUUCUUUCAGAGUUCAAGGGAAAUGGACUCAUGCACAGAACACUAUGCAUUUUGAAACUUGUUCAUCCUGGAUUUUUUUAAAAAUCAUUUGUAUCUCAGAACUUUAAUGAAAAUCAGAUGUCUCCUGCACGGACUGUGUGAAGGAAGGUCUGCAUCUUCGCCGCGCUGUGUCAGCACCUUACCGAUGUGAAGGAAGGACUCUGCACUCUGAAACGCUUGCUGAGUCUGAGCGCGCGGUGGGGCACUCCUCUCAGGGUCUCCCGUUGUGCUGGGCUUGACUCUCUGAUGCGUGUCAUCAACGUUCAGAGGGUGAGAAGUGAAGGUAACGGGCAUGACUAAUGUUCCAGAAACUCGAUAGCUUUGCUAUAAUCACCGUUGCUCCUGAGCACUGUCAGAUUCGUUCUGAUGACCAGAUGUGGCUGUUGAAACAAUGCAACCACGGGAAAGAAAUCUUAAACGAAAAAGCAUCUCAUUGCCGGCGUCGUGCCCCCGUCUGGCUGGGCCGUCUGCCCCCUGGCACGCACACGUGCUGCCCGAGUUCUCCCAGAUCUCUUUCCCCGGGCUGCUGCGGGCAAGGGCCGCUGCGGGCGGGGGCGGGGGCGGUGGCCGCGGCCGCAGACCCCACGCCGGGCGCAGGGCUUUCCUUUCGAGUUUUUGUUUUGUUUUCUGGUUUUAAAGAGAUUUUCACAAAAAAAUUCCAGUGAAUUGUGCAAAUACUGGUUUCUACACCAUUCUAAAGAAAAACUUACGAGGGUUUUUCGGAGUAGAAAAAGCUAUUAAAGUUGGCAUCUUAAAUUGUAAAGACCAUUGAGUGUCCAUUACAAAAGCAGAACUCAUUUUGUGCAAUGAACACACGGAAAGACUACUGUAGAGUUUUCUGUUUUGUUUUGUUUUUUCCUUUCAGAUGAAGAAGAGCUUUGCUUAGGGCGUCACACUGGGUGGGCGUGGCCUGGGCGCGUCCCUGUGGGCCGAGCUCAGGGCUCCCGCUGCACUCCAAUUGCAUUCAGCUUCCAGUUGGAAUUUGGAAAAAUGAAAACCUAAAUAAAAUAGGUGAAAGUUCCUGACUAUUCAGGUGAACACACAAAA